AUGGAUUCCUGGGAGCGCUUUGAGGAGCCCUUACCGCCGAAAGAACACUUCUACAGCACGCUAAAUGAGUCUGGGAUAUCCGACGAGGAGUAUCAGCACGCCGUAGACGUUUGGCAGAAGUACGACUGCCAGAACAUGGGUGAGUACCACGAUAUUUACCUACGCUCAGACGUGGUACUGCUGGCCGACGUCUUCCAAAGCUUUAGGAAGAUGGCUAUGGAGUACAACCAAUUAGACCCUGCUAACUUCUACACUGCGCCUGGGCUAUCCUGGAGUGCCCUGCUGAAGAAGACCAACGCACAGCUGGACCUAUUAACCGAAUACGACAUGAACCGCUUUAUGGAAAACGGCAUCCGAGGUGGCGUUUGCGGGCCCAGCAGGCGUUAUGCACGCGCUAACAACCCUCUCGUAGAGCAUGACCCUGAAAAGCCCACGACUUAUAUCUUUUACCUUGACGCAAAUAACCUUUACGGAUGGGCAAUGUCCCAGUACCUUCCCGUAAGGGAGUUUGAAUGGGUAGAGCCUCGGGAGAUAGACUACUACCUGCGCGUAAAACCAGACAGCCGCAAAGGAUUCAUCCUAGAAGUAGACCUGGAAUACCCAAAAGAGUUACACACAUUACACGACGAUUACCCCCUAGCGCCAGAGGCUGUGGAGAUACCCUUUGAGCAGCUUUCCCCACUGCAAAAGCAAACGUGCCCAAGCUACAAGCCGUACAGGAAGCUCACAAUGAACCUGAUGGACAAAGAAAAGUACGUAGUGCACUACCGCAACCUACAGUUUUACGUGCGCCACGGACUGCGCGUCAAAAAGAUACACCGCGUGUUAAAGUUCCGUCAGGAGCCGUGGAUGCAGCCUUACAUAGACUUUAACACCCAAAAGCGCACAGCAGCGAAGAACGACUUCGAGAAGAACCUGUUUAAGCUGAUGAAUAACUCCGUCUUCGGUAAGACGAUGGAGAACAUUCGUAAGCGGGUGUCAGUGAAGAUAGUAGGGAGUAGGGAGGAAGCAGAAGAGUAUGUGUCGCAGCCGGGAUUCGUGCGUUACGUGGAGAUGCUGAACUUCUACGUAAUACACAUGAAGAAGGCCAACCUCUUCCUAAAUAAGCCUGUAUACACGGGGUUUACAGUCUUAGAGCUGUCAAAGCUACUAAUGUAUGAGUUCUACUAUGACAAGCUGAAACCCAAGUACGGAGACCGAUGCCGCCUCUUAUACACGGACACCGACUCUUUGAUAAUGGAGAUACAAACCCCCGACGUUUACGCGGACUGCCUGUAG